AUGGAGAAAAGCAUCUAUCUGAGUGUUCAUUAUCUAUCUAUCUAUCUAUCUAUCUAUCUAUCUAUCUAUCUAAGUCUCUUCAUUAUCUAUCUAUCUAUCUAUCUAAAUCUAUCUAUCUAUCUAUCUAUCUAUCUAUCUAUCUAUCUAUCUAUCUGUUUAGGGUCACGAAUUCAUAUCCAUACAACUGAAUCUAUCUAUCUAUCUAUCUAUCUAUCUAUCUAUCUAUCUAUAUCUAUCUAUCUAUAUAUAUAUAUAUAUAUAUAUAUAUAUAUAUAUGCAGUGCCGCGAUCGGUCGGCGCGUCGUCGCCGCCUGCGUGCCGUCACGUGCAUGGGCACCCUCGUCGACCGUUAUGGGUCCCGGCGCUCCAUAUUAGACUGAGACCGAUGGGCGUCAUUCCGUCCUCGAGUCGUGGUCGCCGCCGUCGUCUUUUCCCUCUGGGUGAUGGCUCGGCGGCUUUCUCACUUUUAAUACUACUGUUUCCUAUCUAUCUAUCUAUCUAUCUAUCUAUCUAUCUAUCUAUCUAUGACUUUUUCUACGUUACACCAAUCUAUCUAUCUAUCUAUCUAUCUAUCUAUCUAUCUAUCUAUCUAUCUAUGCUCAUUAUCUAUGUCUGA